CCUCUUCUCCCAGUCCGGUCCGGUCCCUCAAUAAAAGGAAAUCUGAGAAAUAGAAACCCUAAUUAUAAUAAGCUUUAGAGUUUGGAGCUGAAUUCACAGACGGCGAAGAAAGGGGAAAAAUGGCGGAGCACUUGGCGUCCAUAUUCGGUACAGAGAAAGACAGGGUGAACUGCCCCUUCUACUUCAAGAUUGGCGCUUGCCGCCACGGCGACCGCUGCUCUCGCCUCCACACCAAGCCCAGCAUCAGCCCCACCCUCCUCCUCUCCAACAUGUACCAGCGCCCCGACAUGAUUACCCCCGGCGUUGACCCUCAAGGUCAGCCUCUCGAUCCCCGCAAGAUCCAGCACCACUUCGAGGACUUCUAUGAGGAUUUGUUUGAGGAGCUUAGCAAAUAUGGAGAGAUUGAGAAUCUUAACAUCUGUGAUAAUUUAGCAGACCACAUGGUGGGCAAUGUGUAUGUUCAGUUCAGAGAGGAGGAACAUGCUGCUACUGCCCUUCAGAAUCUGUCAGGAAGGUUCUAUGCAGGGCGCCCCAUUAUUGUUGACUUCUCGCCAGUGACCGACUUUCGUGAAGCAACCUGUAGGCAGUAUGAGGAAAAUGUGUGUAACCGAGGUGGGUAUUGCAACUUCAUGCAUUUGAAAAAGAUUAGCAGAGAGCUGAGGCGGCAGUUAUUUGGGAAGAGCAGGCGAAGGCGCAGCCAUAGUAGAAGCAGAAGUCCUCGUGGUCAUCAUGGCCAUGAUGAGCGCCCAUAUGGUGGCCGUGGAUAUCCUAGAAGAGGAGGCGAUCAUCGUCACCAUGAACGAGGGAGGAGACCACGAAGCAGAAGUCCUGGUAGAAGAAGUGGACAUAGCAGGAGUCCUGGUGGUAGGAGAAAUAGGAGUCCAGUCAGGGAAGGUAGUGCUGAGAGAAGGGCAAAGAUUGAACAAUGGAAUAGGGAAAGGGAACAACCUGAGAAGAAUGAUAAUAGUGGUAUGGUAAGGGAAGGUAGUGCUGAGAGAAGGGCAAAGAUUGAGCAGUGGAAUAGGGAAAGAGAACAGACAGAUUCUGCUAAGAACAAUGAUGUUGGCACAUUUGAAAAUGGCAGUAGGAAUGGUGCUGAGCACCACCCCGAACAGUUUUAUGAUGAUUAUCAGCAGCAGCAAUAGCUGGAGAUAUUCCAGUUACAACUACUGAUUUACAGGUCCAGAGGUACCUGCUCAAUGAUCCUGCCUCAUGUUUCACCAGCUCACUGUUACAUUUCUAUACAGGUUGGAUGUCUUCUUUGCAGAACAGGUCCACAGGAUUUAAAUGUGUGAUGUAAGGAGGAGUGAAGGAACUGUCUACUUUCAAACAUGUCAAGUGCUAAUGUCUGCUUUCUAGAGAGCUAAAGGUUGCAACCCAGAAUUCAAUUCGAUCCUAUUUGUGUUGACCUUGCUUAUGUUGUAUUGUCUUUAUGAAUUUUGUUGUUUCAUAAUGUUCUUGGAUUGAUGCAUAAAAGAUUGUUAUGUUUUCAUAGUAUCCUUUUAUGCUUUGUUGGAUUGGAACUGUAUUAUUAAGUAAUACUGGCUGUGGCUGUGCAAGUGUUUUAAUGUUUUAAAGUGAAAUUCUUAGCAAAAUGGCAAAGCUUGAGGACU